GGUCGGUGAAGACCCCUGGAUAAGGAGCGAGAUCGGCAUCUCUGGCCACUACUUGGAACGUCCGCCCAGAUCGGACACUUACAGUCCCUCAAAGCACAAUGCAUCUUACCGAUCUGGACGAUCGUCCAGUGUGGACACUAGCGCUUUUCUGCAGAAGCCAUCCAGCCUACUUCGAACGUGCAAAUCGGCCGUUAGUGUGAAGAAAUCAAAUGAAGAGAUUGUGGGUUAAUCGAACGGAACAAUAAAUCUGGACGCAAGUGCGACAAGAACCAUCCAUUCUCCGACAGGGACAAAUUGUUGUUCUAAAUCCAGACUUAAUUGCCCUUAAUUCCCGAAUUAGCCCGGAACUCGUUUGCCAUUCGCUCAACAUGAUUAUCCCUAAGGAUGUGGGAGGAGCUGAUAAUUGCCAGGCACCGCCCACCGUUUAUUCCUCCGAUUCGGACAUAAUUGAGUCGAAAAUUCUCAAAAUUCAAGAGAGCGUAAGUGAUUGGCCGCGUGUGUUUUUGCGUUUUGAAAAGUGUGGUGUAAAAGUGUCUGAUGCAGUGAAUUGCGCAAGUUUAAGUUGCCGUUAAAAGACUUGGCCGUUUAGUUUCCAGCAACAGAGGCCGGAUUCCUCAACAGAUGGCUCAUACCAGGAUCAAGUUAAUGCGCCUCAUCAACCCCCAUGGUCUGACGUGCCGCCCUCUCAACACCCCGUCGUCCGGGAUAAAGACCUCUCAUAUUACUACUAAUUUAUGGGAACUGUUUUAAGGAAGUCGUUUCUUUUGGCUAAUCCCUGUACAGACUUACAUUAGCCCCAGUCAUCAGUAUUUAGGUGUUAUUUAUUAUCGCGUUAUAAAUUAUGGAAAAUCUUCAUCAUUUUGAACCCUUGUACAUAAAAAUGAAACUGUGGUUGGGAUACUGAAAUAUAUAGGGUGGUCAAUUUAGAAAAAUACAUCAUUGCGUUCAAAGGUGCAAAGGCUUCCCAACAUUCAGCCCGGGCCAGCAGUAAACCCCAAUUUAUCGUUAUAAUAACGUUAAAUUAAAUAAACGUUAAUCACUGAAUAUCCAGACCGUUACAGGAGUUAUUGAUGGAAGCUUGCGGGCACAAGCCUCCAACAUGAACCCGCUUUUAGGUAGUUCGAACCGUUAUAUCCCGGAAACAGACAAAAUAUCGCAUUAAAUACUAGUCUCACUUUAAAUAAUUCCCAAAAUUCAACCCGAGCCAGUAGCAAACCCCAAUUUUGAGGACACAUGGAGUGAAUGCUGCCCUAAUUAUUUCCGUAUAAAACGCUAUUCAGUCUUUUUUAGUUUCCACGUAAGAAAUUUUUGAAUAACGGCGAGUACGUUUAGUCACAAAAAUUUUUGCAAGUCUCAUUUCGAGCAGCUCUGAAAAUUCAGCCCACUGCACCAA